AUGGAUACCUUCCAAAACAAAGUCUACGCAGUAACAGGCCUAGCCGGCAUCGGCCUCGCAGUUGCAAAACAAUUACACGCCCAAGGCGCACGCCUCUCCCUCGCCGACAUAUCCCCUUCAACACUCGAAUCCGCCAUCCACAGCAUUACUGCCUCGACCUCAACCCCCUCCACAAUCCUAACAACAGUCCUCGACAUCAGCUCCUCCACAGCCGUCAACGACUGGAUCACCGCCACAGUGAAACACUUCGGCCGCCUCGAUGGCGCAGCCAACAUGGCCGGGACGAUCGGGUCUCAGCACGGGGUGGGCAAGUUCGUGGAUCUGGCAGAUGAGGAGUGGGAUAUGCUCGUGCGGGUGAAUUUGUCAGGGAUGAUGUAUUGUCUGAGGGCAGAGGUACGGGCGAUUAUGGAGAGUGCGCCCGGUGGCAAGGGGAGUAUUGUGAAUGCGAGUAGUAUACAGGGACUUCGGGGAUUUGCGUUGCAUGCGGCUUAUUCAACGACGAAGCAUGGGGUUGUGGGGUUGACAAGGUCUAUUGCGAAGGAGGUUGGGCCUGAGAUCAGGGGGAUCGAUUCAAACGCCGCUUCUGGAAAAGGCGACUGCUAUUCAGGGGGUGUUCCUCCUGCCCCUACAGUGAUUCCUCGGAUUGGGACGCCCGAGGAGGUGGCACACACAGUGGUGUUUUUGCUGAGUGAUGCUGCAUCGUAUACUACCGGACAGGUGUACAGUGUUGACGGGGGGUGGGACCCUUGA